AUGCAGGAGCGGUCCCUGCGGGUGGUGGUGAGGAGGGUGGGCGGCGCUCCACUUGCUGGUGUGUGGACUCCGCGGCAGGAAGGACUGUGCACCCGGCAAGCUUGGGCUUCAGCCCUGCUAGCUGCGGUUUGCGAUAUCCCGAUGCUGCUUAACAUAGGACCACCAAGAUUAAUGGGAGAAGGUUUUGUGGUCAUGCAGUCAAAUGAUGUUGACAUCUACUACUACAUGGAUGAGCCAGGACUUGUUCCAGAAGAAACAGAAGAAAAUAUUGAAGGAGAAAUAAGCAGUGAGGAUUGUAAAUUGCAAGACUUGCCUCCAUGUUGGGGACUGGAUAUAGUUUGUGGUAAAGGAACAGAUUUUAAUUAUGGACCAUGGGCCGAUAGGCAGAGAGAUUGUUUAUGGAAGUUUUUCUUUCCGCCUGAUUACCAAGUUCUGAAAGUUUCUGAAAUUGCACAGCCUGGGAGACCAAGACAGAUCCUUGCUUUUGAACUACGAAUGAAUAUUAUUGCAGAUGCUACGAUUGACUUGCUGUUUACCAAAAAUAGGGUAAUUAUUGUAAUAAUAUAG